AUGCCAUCAAAAGUAUUGACGUCUCGCUUUGAGAAAAAGAGCCCGAAGAGCAAACAAUCUUCUCCCUCGACCACCUUUCCCCCUACUCCUCCUCAAAUAUCCUCGUCCGAGAAACCUCUCCCAUCUCCUCCCAAGCCUUCAACUGGGGUACUUCGCCGCCUUUUGCCGCGCAGAAGAGACUCUAUUGCCCUCCCAGGGGUACUGGGAAGUUUAAAUCGUGGAAUGGAAAGAGUUCGCCGGCAUUCGCUGGUAGCAGGUGGAUUCGUCACCAUUAGCCCCAUUUUACCAAUCACCGGCACGGAGACCGUCACCAAUACCAAUACCAUCACUCCGCCAAUGCUCACCUCCUCUGAGUUUGAGCCUGAAAUUGCAAAAGCGGAGGGUGGAGAGGAAUAUGAAGACGAUGAUGAGGAUGAGGAUGCGGAAGCAGAAAUUGGGGUCGCGGUAGAGAUGACGAUUGUUCCGGUUCGAGCCCGACUUAUUCAUAUUGGGUGCAAGGGACUGGAUUCUUAG